AUGGUCACGAGCCGAUCGGGCGCUGUGACGACAAUUGUGCUCCGACAAGGCGAUAUCAAGUGGCUUCCAAAACUCGACCUUCUGGUGGCAUCAAUAUUCACUGACCAAGAUUCUUUCGACAGCCUGCAGGCGGCAUGCGCAGCCAAAAUGUUGGUCAAAGUCUAUCGCGUCUUUGACGACGAAGGCAAGGAGUGUCGCGUUCUUGAUGAGUCGAUGGCUCUAUCCAAGGUCACAUUCUUGCGAACGUGCUGCAUCCACAGCGUCGAGCGAGAAGACACAUUGCAAGCACGAGUCACGCUGGGCUCGGGUAUUUCGAUGGACGCAGUAGGCGGCAGCAACCUCAUGAAGAUUACUCGCUUCCUUCACGACAGUCUCGUGUCGCUCGACGAGGCGGAACAGACCUUUCUGGGCUUCCGAUGCAGCGUUUGCGGGAAAGCGAACCGCAGAGGGAGCCUCAUAAUCGCCUCGUGUACGCAUUGCAACACAACCUUUGCGAUCACAGCAAGCUGCAGUUCAAAGUCGCUUUCUCGCAAACGGGCGGGCAAUCUCCAAUUUACGGGCCCGAGAAGUAGCCUAGGCCAAGUCAAUAUGGUGCUGAGCAAGGACGACGUCGCACAACGUUUCGUGUCCACCUUCUCCGACGGUACAAGGCUGUGCACAUAUCACAUUGUCCGCUCCUCGAGUCACAACGAUUCUUCCUCCCAAGCGCGCAUACUUUCAAGCAGUCACACCCUGCAUCACAUACUGGGGCCAGGUCAAGGCGACGAACUCUCCUCAGAGUCGUUCGCACUUCCAUCUACUCCAUUCAUCCGGCUCACCAGCGAGACAGAAGCUAAGCUACGGAUCCAAGGGUAUGCGCUCAGCUUUGGCGUGCAAAAUCAAACCUGGGAUCAAAUCUAUCCUCGGCACCGCGACUUUGAGUCAGCUUCGCAAGGCGUUCUGGAGCAAAUCGCGCACUUGAGAAGGUCGCUACUGCUCUCGGAUGUUCCGCAGGGACAAUCCUCGAAGUAUCACAAGCCUUCGGGCAUACUGCUACUACUACUUCAGAACAGCACCUUGAAGAUUGACUCUUCCAUGUUCCCGGGCCCCAGCAGCCACUUCGGCAUAGUGUCACUGUCGGGGUCGAUCUGUGUCUCGAUCCGUCGCGACAAGCAGGCUCCGAACCACUCUCCGGCCAGAGAGAGGCAACCCAAAGGGGUUUCGGUCGGAUCUUUCGUUCUGCAGCCGCAAGAUACAUGUGUCGGGCGCACGGACGCGCUACAAGCGAUCGAGCUGGAGCUAUCAUCCAAGGGCGUCACUCUGUGGGCACUCGCCCACUUCGCCCAGUCCACACCGACUCGAUCUCAGUAG